GGCAACGUGACCUCUAACUAGAGGGCUCGCAAUGCGCGCACGAAUAUCGAUUUCUCUUGAAGAGGUUGUGCAGGAGAAGGAAAAAGAGAUGAAGCAGUAGACAGAAUGAGGUGUCAAUAUGCAUCACGAGACAUUUAACAAUAAAUUCAACUACAACGUGAGAUUAUUUAUAGUUCUGUACAUCCGUUCAAGAAUGUAAACUAUACAAAGUGGACUAACUAAAGGGACUGUAAAAUAUGUAAUUGCACAAAUUUAUUAAAGUUGAAACUGAAACAGUAUGGGUUUUUAAAAAUAACUAGAGGUUUCGGUUUUGAUUAGUUGAUGACAUACAAAACCAUGUAAGAAUAUAUUUUACUAAAGCUCUCACUAAAAUAUGAAACUAUUAUAAAUCAACCUCGUGACAAAGUAUAAUCUUUUGAACUUCAUGUUUUUGAUUUUACAUACAUUUUCUCUACCAGAAACAUAUGAACACAUACAACAUACAUUCCCCAGGAUUUUAUUAUUUCAAGAACGCACGAUUCUUGAAAUGUGUGAGAGAGAGAGCAGAAAGGUCCGCCUAUUGUCCGAUAAUCCGAUUUGUACAAAGAAUCAAUUCCAAAGUCGAGGUUACCAAGGUCAAUUUUAUUGAAUAAAAGGAGAAUCUAAUGCUAUGAUUUUUCAUAAAUAUGUUUACAAUUCUUCUAUAUUUUCUUGUUCUCUUCUGGGUGACCAAUGCGGCUGUUGUCACUCCAUCUAUUGAGAAUCACAAAAUGGAAAAUGCUUCUGUAACGAUAUCGAAGGUUCCUAUUUCUCAUAGACCAAGAGGUUUCACAGCAGGUAGCGAUUCCAAAAAGUUGGCUGUACAGAGGUUCAAACUUCUCAUCUCUGAUUUCUUGUCAGAUGCGCAACUGUCCAAGAGUAUUGAUGUAGCUGCUGUUGGAAUGCACAAAGGAAAGUCAAUGGAUGAUAUUUUAGAUGAUGUUUACACUCGUCUCCGCAGAACAUUAUCCACAAAACAAAUAAGUGAGUUAGCAAAAGCUCAAAAAGGACUAGUCGAAGAUCUUGAUGAAAAAUCAGCAAAGUUAGUGAAGGCAAGAGUUAAACGAAUGAUUGUCUACUCAUUUGAUCCGGCUGCUGAACAAAUUCAUAAAUAUGCAACACGUCCUUCAAUGGCUUUUGCUCUAAUUGCUGAAACAAUCAAUGAAAGAUUUGUUGGAUCAGUCAAGGAUUUGAUUCGUGACGUACUGACUCCAAAGGAAUAUGAUAUUUUCCGUAAACACUAUCACCCGCAUAUCUUCAAAUUGGACAAUAUUGGCAAUAAUACAGAAGCAGUCCGAACUACAACUCACGAAACAUUUUGAAAGUUUACCUCUUGAUUUCUUUUGAAUGUUUUGUCUCACACAAUAAAGAAAAUUCUACCGU